AUGGCGCCUCUCACCUACUCCAAGACCUCCAAGGUUCCCCGUCGCCCCUUCGAGGCCGCCCGUCUGGACUCCGAGUUGAAGCUCGUUGGCGAGUACGGUCUCCGCAACAAGCGUGAGGUCUGGCGUGUCCAGCUUACCCUCUCCAAGAUCCGUCGUGCUGCCCGUCAGCUCUUGACCCUUGACGAGAAGGACCCCAAGCGCCUCUUCGAGGGAAAUGCCCUCAUUCGCCGUCUCGUGCGCGUCGGUGUCCUCGACGAGUCCCGCAUGAAGCUCGAUUACGUCCUUGCCCUCAAGGUUGAGGAUUUCCUUGAGCGCCGCCUCCAGACCUGCGUCUACAAGCUCGGCCUUGCCAAGUCUAUCCACCACGCCCGUGUCCUCAUCCGCCAGAGACACAUCCGCGUCGGCAAGCAGAUCGUCAACGUCCCUUCGUUCAUCGUCCGUCUCGACUCCCAGAAGCACAUUGACUUCGCCCUCACCUCUCCCUUCGGCGGUGGCCGUCCCGGUCGUGUCCGCAGAAAGAAGGCCAAGGCCGCUGAGAAGGCCGACGGUGGUGACGAGGAGGAGGAUGAGGAGUAA